ACACAAAAAAGUGUUACUUUUACUUGACCACAGUAUGGCAGUACCUAGCACUCAUCAAAUCCUAAUCUAAAUUUGUCCUCACUCUCACCCUCCUCCUACUUAAACCCCCCCAAAACCCCUUCACAGGCAUCACACUCCACCAAGUCACAAGAAACAAGAAGCCGUGUACACAGCACGACGCUGCGUUCUCCAUGGGCGCCGUCAAGCAAUAGGUUGAAGACCUGUACGCAGCCACCCAGGGAGCACGCUAUUGCUACAGUUCGAAGGACAAGCAGCAAGAACGUGCCAUGGCGAUGGGAGCAGAGGAAGACGGCGGCGGGCAGGAGGGAGAGCUCAUCCCGGGUCUGCCGGACGACGUGGCCAUGGAGUGCCUGGCGCGGGUGCCGAGCCGGUCGCACCGUCGCAUGCGCCGCGUGUGCCGCGGGUGGCGCGGCGCCGUCGGGUCCGCUGAGUUCCGGCGGCGCCGGAGGACAGCCGGGGCGGCGGAGGACAUAGUGUUCCUCGUCCAGUCCGCACCCGCGGGCGGCGACGGAAAGGGGUCGACGCCCGAGUGUGCGCUGGCGGCGUUGAACCUCACCACAGGCGAGUGGCGGCGCGUGAAGGGGCCGGCCGAGGCGUGGGGACCCGUGCCGCUAUUCGCGCAGUGCGCGGCCGCCGGCGACGGGCGUCACGUAGCCGUCGUAGGGGGCUGGGACCCGGACACGCUCCGCCCGACCAGCGACGUGCGCGUGCUGGACGUCCCCGCCGGCACGUGGCGGCGCGGCCGGCAGAUGCCGGACAACCGGAGCUUCUUCGGAUGCGCCGGCGGCGGCGACGGAAACGUCUACGUCGCUGGCGGCCACGACGAGUCCAAGAACGCGCUCCGCUCCGCCCUCGCGUACAGCGUCGCGGACGACGCCUGGCGCGCGCUCCCGGACAUGUCCGAGGAGCGCGACGAGCCGCAGCUCGUCGCGACCCCCGGCGGCGGCGUCCUCGCGGCCAGCGGCUACCCGACCGAGGCCCAGGGCGCGUUCAAGAAGACCGCCGAGCGCUUCGCCGCCGGCGCCUGGACCGACGAGGGCGACGUGGUCCCCGACACGGCGGAGACGUGCCUGGCCUCGGUGCAGGGGAAGCUGUGGGCCGUCCGGGCCGGGAAGGGCGGCGUGCGGGAAUGGGACGGUGUCCCGCGCGCGUGGAGGGACGUGGCCGCCGGGCCGCCGGGCGUGGAGGCGUGCGUGAAGGCGGUAGGCGUUGGCGACGGCGACGGCGCCGCCUUGUUCGUGUUCGGCACGGUGGCGGACGCGGCGGAGGGCGGCAAGUACUCUGCGUGGGUUAUGGAAGCGGGCGGCGCUCCGUGGAAGCGAGUGCCCGUGCCGUCAAGGUUCAGCGGUUUCGUUUACUCAGCCGCGGCCGUGCGGAUUUAAAGCUUAGCUUAGCAUAGGCGUUUUUGCAAAUGGCGCUUGCGCUUUACAGAGCUAAGUUUGGGGUUAUGUCUUCUAAUUCGAAUCUCAGAUCAUUAUUUGCGUUGAAAGUUUCAUUCGAUUCAA